CAUCGGUGUGACUUCAAAUAAGUUGUAACUUGUGUUGUGACUGCUGUGAAUUGCACUUGCAACUGCAGUUUAGUGUUUACAGAUCACAAAUAGUAUUUCUAUUCAUAUGAUAACCUCCAAUCAGUACUUUAUUUUACUUGAAUUAAAUAAACUUAAUAUUAAUUAACUCUUAGUAAUUUAGUUGAAGAAUUGUAUUAUAUAAAUACUUGACGAUGCCGCUUGGUGUGAAACCUGAAUGUUCAAAGUGUGGAGUUAAAGAAAGCCCUUUAUGGCAUGCCACUGAAAAGGGAAGUGUUUGCAAUGAUUGUCUUGAACCAAGACAUCAUCCUCAGCGUUCUGAAGAUGCUGGUACUGAUGAGAUUAGCCAUAAACCUGGUAGAAAAAGUACCAGAGUUACACGUUUUGGAUGUAAGCCAACUCUUAAAACUACAGGAAAAGGAAAGGGACGAAGGCAUAUAUUUAAAAAGAUGCCCAUGAAGUCCUUAACAGCCACUGCUACACCAGUGACAAGUGAUUUUGUAUUUUUCAAAGGCUCGUACUUCCAAGUUGGAGAUAUAGUAUCCAUGCAAGACGUGGAUGGAGGAAUUUAUUAUGCUCAAAUUCGUGGAUUAUUGACUGACCAGUAUUGCGAAAAAAGCGCUGCAAUCACAUGGCUUUUGCCCACAACAUCAAGUCCACCUCCAGAAGAAGGAUUUAAACCUGAAACUUAUAUUAUUGGACCAGAAGAAGAUUUACCUAGAAAAUUAGAAUAUAUGGAAUUUGUCAUGCAUGCACCUUCAGAUUAUUAUAAAUUAAAAAAUAGUCCUUAUCCUCCAUUGCUUUUUGAAGGAGGUAAUGGCUACAUUUGGACAUCAUUAAAUACUGAAGCACGAUUUAAUAGAUGAAUGUAUAGAAUUUAUAAAAUAGAAUUUCCCUUGUAAAUAUUGUUAGGUAUUUAUUAUCAGCAUUUGUGAUCAGAUAUUUUAAUGUUACAUGACCCUUUAGUUACUUUGUGAUUUGGUUGUAAUGAGUUUAUUGUGUCAGCUAAUGUUGCUUAAUCAAUCGCAAAAGUUGAAACUGUGAAUAUGUAAAUAAAUUUUUUAA